CGGACAGUCCAUGCUUGCCCAGCUGGUGCGUGAAAGCAUCUGCCAACCAACAGCGUCAGGGGAGAUUUGGCCAACGCAGGUACCAUGCGUGAGAGUGGCUUCGCAGUCCAAGCUGGGUAACCGCCGAGCAUGGAGUGGCCGGUGGGUGCGAUGGGCUCCGACUCCGUAGCCUGGCCCCCAACGUCCAUAGUAGUCAAAGAUGGCCUCAAUCUCUUCGCCCUUUGGGUCCUCUUUUUUUUUCCCUUUUCCUCUCCUCACUCUCACAAUCUCAAGAGACUCACGGCUUCGGUACCAGGCCUCCUUUUUGCAGACGUUCUUGUCUGCGUCCCUUCUUUUGCUGUUCGCAGCAUACCACACUCUCUUUUAGCUGGAAACUUGAACCAGCAGGCCUCGGCCAACUUACAAUCACUAAGUCACUCACUCACUAACUAAUACCACACAACACACAAAAUGGCUCUCAACGGAUACUGGGUACGUCUCACCCUUUCAGAGCCUGUCGUGCAAGGCGGGCCAGUCCGAGGCCAAGAAGGUUCCCAGCUAACA